GACUUCCUGGAGACCCUGGAGGACCUGGACCUGAGCUACAACAACCUGGUGGAGAUCCCGUGGGACACGGUGGGGAUGCUGGCCUCCGUCAACACGCUCAGCCUCGACCACAACCUCAUCGAGAGCGUCCCCGAGGGCAUCUUCAGCAACCUGCACAAGCUGGCCAGGCUGGACAUGACCUCCAACAAGCUGAAGAAGAUCCCGCCGGACCCCCUGUUCCUGCGCAUCCCGGUGUACGCCAAGAUGAAGGGGUCCCCCCUCACGGCGCUGGUGCUGAGCUUCGGGGGCAACCCGCUGCACUGUAACUGUGAGCUGGUGUGGCUGCGGCGGCUGACCCGCGAGGACGACCUGGAGACCUGCGCCUCGCCCCGCGACCUCGCCGGGAAGUACUUCUGGACCAUCCGCGAGGAGGAGUUUGUGUGCGAGCCCCCCAUGAUCACGCGCCACACCUCCAAGAUGUUCGUGAUGGAGGGCCAGGAGGUCAGCCUGCGCUGCAAGUCCAUCGGGGACCCGGAGCCCAGCACCCACUGGGUGAGCCCCGAGGGCAAGCUCAUCGGCAACACCAGCCGCACCGUCUGCUACGAGAACGGCUCGCUGGACAUCCUCAAGGCCUCCGUCAAGGACUCGGGGAAGUUCACGUGCAUCGCGUCCAACGCGGCGGGCGAGGCCACGGCGCCCGUGGAGCUGGUGGUCAACCCCUCGCCGCACUUUGACCCCAAACUGGACCCGGCCCCCGGCCCCUCCGACAUCCCCACCUCCAUCAAGUCCAACGCCAGCGGCGGCCACGCCCGGCCCGACCUGCAGAGGGUCAGCGUGUCGGACCUGAGCUCCACCUCGGCCACGGUGCGCUGGCCCCCCCAGAACCACAUCCCGGGGGUCCGCAUGUACCAGGUCCAGUACAACAGCUCCACCGACGACAUUCUCAUCUACAGAAUGAUUCCGGCCAAUCACCGCUCCUUCCUGCUGAGCGACCUGGCAUCCUCGCGGGACUACGAGUUGUGCGUGCUGGCGGUCUACGACGACGGGGUCACGACCCUGACCGGCACCCGUCUGGUCGGCUGCGUCUCCUUCAGCACCGAGACCGAGUACGGCCGCUGCCACUCCAUCCGAGACCAGUUCCUGGGGGGCACUAUGAUCAUCAUCAUCGGGGGGAUCAUCGUGGCCUCGGUCCUGGUCUUCAUCUUCAUCCUGCUGAUGAAGUACAAGCUCCAUAGCAACCACUACAAGCAGAAGUCCGCCUCGCGCCAUAGCAACGUGUGCUCCCAGACCAACGGGGGCGGGGGCCCGGCCGGGGGCGCCAGCGGGCUCGCUCUGCCCCCCACCGGGGCCUCCUCCGCCCCGGGACCAGGUGGCGGAUGCAAUAAAGGCCAGCCGUCGUCGUCCAUGGCAACAGAGGGCGGGUCUUCUCUCCGGGGGACCACGGUGGUGGAUUUAAACCCCGCCCACGACGACGACGCCAUCUCUCAAUAACACACGACCCACGGACAAUCAAACCCACAACCCACCAAUCAAUAAACCCCAACCAAUACUCCAACGCCCGCCCCCUUCUCUUUGAUUUGCUGCCAGUGCCUGAAGCCAAAGCCGACCUUACGAUGCAGACGGGCCUCUGUCACUGGUGAGUCUCAGCAGAGCACAGUGUGUUCAGACCAGAGCACAGUGUGUUCAGACCACAGCAGAGAACAGUGUGUUCAGUCCAGAGAACAGUGUGUUCAGACCAGAGGACAGUGUGUUCAGACCAGAGGACAGUGUGUUCAGACCAGAGGACAGUGUGUUCAGUCCAGAGGACAGUGUGUUCAGUCCAGAGGACAGUGUGUUCAGUCCAGAGGACAGUGUGUUCAGACCAGAGGACAGUGUGUUCAGACCAGAGGACAGUGUGUUCAGACCAGAGCAGAAUGUGUUCAGUCCAGAGCGAUCACAGUGUGCUCAAUCGACAGCAGAGCCUGCUCCUGGUGUGAGCUCUCCUGCUGGACCUGGACUUGUCAGCCGCCUUGAGGUGGCGUUCUAGACCGUUUGCAGACGGUCCAGAGACCCCCUGCUGGCCGGGUGAGAGGGAGGGUCUGUGGUCCGGGACCCUGACAGACCACCGUGAUCUCCCCUAGCUCAGGUUGGGGUACACCAGAUCUGAGUUCAGCCGUGCUUCUCUGUGGAAGUAACCCGUCCACAGAGAGACGGCACUCCUUCAGCGAACCACACCGCUGAGAGGGAGACGGCACUCUGCGGCACUGGAGGACCUCAGUCAGCCUGAACGCCGCUGUAGAAGACGUGAGCCAUCUCAGACGUAGCUGCAACAGGGCUGCCGAUAAAAGCUGCUUCUUUCCAUUCAUCCAUCUGAGUGGAUCCUUGGGCCGCGCCUUGCUCUGCGCUCCAGAAAGGCUCUCGCUGAAUACAGAUCUGAUAAAUCAAUUACAAAACCAUUCCUUUGUAUUCAUUUGUCCAAAGAAGAGCUUCCUCCGUCUCCGGGGGGCGCAGAGACACCCGCCGCUGAGCCGUCAGUCGGGUGCUGUGGGUGCUGUUACCCUGAGAGGCUCAGACCCAGCAGAACACAGCAUCCAUGCAUCCUGCUGUCACUCAAGGAGGGGGCGGGCAUAAGAGGAAGGAAUUGUCUGAUAUUACUACAACUUAAAGAGAGGAGAGAUAUCUCUGCUGCCUCCUACUCUAUCUGCCUCUCUCACACUCUCCCUCGCUCCCUCUCUCUCUUCCUCCCUCUCUCUCCCUCCCACUCAUUCCCUCCCUCUUUCUCUUUGCUUGGUUUUUAUGUUGUCGCUUGGAUUUCUCUUCAAGGUCGUAGCAUUCCUCCUACUCUCCACCUCCUCCUCCUUCACCUCCUCCUCUCCUCCUCUUUUGUCUCCCCUCUCCUCUCCACC